GAGCUCUCCACUUCAAAUCAAAUCGCAGAAGGGAAACCAAUCGAGCGAGCCAACAACUCGCAGCCACCACAAUUUCGAAAUACCUCCUGCCUGCCUGCAAGAAACGAGCGCCGAGAAAGAAAUGGAGGCGGCGGUCGGCGGCAGCUGGACACGCGUCCGCACGCUCGGCCGCGGCGCGUCCGGCGCCGUGGUGUCCCUCGCCGCCGACGACCUCUCGGGCGCGCUCUUCGCCGUCAAGUCGGCGCCCGCGGCCGCCGCGGACCAGCUCCGGCGCGAGGGCGACAUCCUGUCCGGCCUCAGCUCGCCGCACGUCCUGCCCUGCCUCGGCUUCCGCGCCGCCGCCGGCGAGUGUCAGCUCUUCCUCGAGUUCGCGCCCGGCGGCUCGGUCGCCGACGUCGCCGCGAGGAGCGGCGGCCGGCUCGAGGAGUGCGCCGUCCGGGCGUACGCCGCCGACGUGGCCAGAGGCCUGGCGUACCUCCACGGGAGGUCCCUCGUCCACGGGGACGUGAAGGGGAGAAACGUCGUGGUCGGCGCCGACGGCCGGGCGAAGAUCGCGGACUUCGGGUGCGCGAGGGCGGUGGGCUCUUUCGAUCGGCCCAUCGGGGGCACGCCCGCGUUCAUGGCGCCGGAGGUGGCGCGGGGCGAGGAGCAGGGCCCCGCGGCCGACGUCUGGGCGCUGGGCUGCACCGUCCUCGAGAUGGCCACCGGCCGCGCCCCGUGGAGCGACAUGGACGACGUCCUCGCGGCGAUGCACCGGAUCGGCUACACGGACGCCGUGCCGGAGGUGCCCGCGUGGCUGUCCGCAGAGGCGAAGCACUUCCUGGCCAUGUGCUUCGCGAGAGACGCCCGCGACCGGUGCACGGCGGCGCAGCUGCUGGAGCACCCGUUCCUGGCAUCCGCCGGCUGCGGCGUGAAGCCGGAGGAGGCGGCGACCAAAUGGGUGUCCCCCAAGAGCACGCUGGACGCGGCGCUCUGGGAGUCCGACACCGAAGACAACGACGAAGGCAUUGCAGAGAGCCCCGCCGAGAGGAUCAGAGCAUUGGCAUCCCCUUCCUCGGCAUUCCCGGACUGGAGUUCAGACGAAGGCUGGAUCGACGUGCUCAACGAGAGCCGUGGAGCUUGCGAUGCCGCCGCCGAGGACGAGCGCGCAUCGUCGGGCGAAGAAGCGUUUGCAACGGAGGCCGAACUCUCCGGGUCUGCAUACGUGGAGGAUACCGAUCGUGUUGGCACUGUAGGAUUAACUACUCUCUCAGCUGAGCAGCAGAAUGACUUUUGUUCGGGCCUCUUCAGUGACCCACCUGUAUUUCCUGUGAACAGUGCCUUCCUUGAUGAAAGUGAAAUAACAGAAGCGUUAUUGCAUCGAACUAUAACUAUUACUGUCCCCAUUUCAAUCCCUUGUGUGCGCGCUUAAUUGUUUCCGCCGAAC